AUGAAGGCACUGCGCCUCCACCACUACAGCGGCCGAGAGGCCGAGGAGCGCUAUAAUCUCGCAGCUCCUCGCAACCUAUUCUUCCAGCGCAUACCGACAGUUGACAGCGGCGACCCGGUGGCCAAGAUGGAGGAGAUCCGCAAUUACGUUCACAACACGAUGGAGAUGUUCGAGAGGGUCUUUGACUCCCUUCCAUAUGAGGAGUCCUUUCUUGUGCCGCCCAUUCACAAACUCCGCCAUCCCAUGAUCUUCUACUACGGUCACACUGCAUGCUUCUAUAUCAAUAAGCUCUGCGUGGCUGGCUUGACGGAGCGCAUCAACCCGAUCCUCGAGAAUAUGUGCGCCAUCGGCGUCGACGAAAUGAGCUGGGAUGAUUUGAAUGAGGCGCACUACUCCUGGCCCAGCGUGGAGGAGGUGUGCGAGUACCGCCGCCAGGUUCGCGACCGCAUUGACCACCUCAUGUCGAGCGGCAAGUUUCCCCUUGAGAUGCCUCUGACACUGGCAAACAGCACCAAGAGUGAUGCCAACCUCUUCUGGUGGGUGAUGCUGAUGUGCGCCGAGCAUGAGCGCAUUCACUUCGAGACGGUUUCCGUGCACGUCCGCGAGCUGCCAAUGAAAUACGUUACUACCGCCAUGUCUGACGUCUGGCGGCGCUGUUCCGAUGCGAGCACUCAGGCCCCAAUCAACGACCUCGUGCCCAUUGCGGGUGGCAAAGUACAGGUCGGCCGUACGCCAGACUCGCGUCUGUACGGCUGGGACUGCGACUACGCGAAUGGACACAACAUCGUGGAGGUGGCGCCGUUCAAGGCGAGCAAGUAUAUUGUCUCCAACGCUGAGUUUUUUUCGUUUAUGAAGGCGGGAGGGUACCAUGUGCAGCGCUACUGGGACGAGGAGGGCUGGAAGUGGGUGCAGUGGAAGAAACCGGAACACCCGUGGUUCUGGGUACGCGACGAGGCCCGCUCAAGUGGCUUCGCGCUGCGUCUUCAGACGGAGCUGAUCGACCUGCCGUGGAACUGGCCGUGCGAGCUCAACAACCUCGAGGCUCAUGCCUUCUGCUCCUUCAAGAGUGAGCAGCUAGGCAAGAAGGUUCGCAUGCUGACUGAGGCGGAGUGGACGUUGCUGUUUGACCGAUACAUUGGCAAGGACCAGCCAGAGUGGGGUGAGAGGGCGCCCGGCAACAUCAGCCUUGAGCACUACCAGAGCAGCUGCCCUGUUGACAAGUUCCAGCACGGCGACCUGUACGAUGUGAUCGGGAACGUGUGGCAGCACUGCGAGUGCUUCGUCUAUCCCUACCCCGGAUAUCGGGUUCACCCCCUUUACGACGACUUCUCUCUUCCAACGUUCGAUGGCCGGCACACAUGCAUGAAGGGUGGCACGUGGGCGAGCUCCGGCAAUAUGGCCACACGCGACGCCCGCUUUGCCUUUCGCCGCCACUUUUUCCAGUACAUUGGCUUGCGCUACGUGGAAGGACCCGAGGUACAGGAGCUCCAAGGCAAGUGUACUGGUUUCGGUCUUGAUCCCGAGGUCGAUAUUAUCACCGACACAUGCUUCCGCGACUCUUUCCAGGGCUUGCCAAACGGCUGUGUUGCGAUCGCCGAUCACGCCAAGCGGAUGUUCGCAGAGCAUGCCACGGUGCCGGCGGUGAGGGCAAUGGACAUUGCCUGUGGCGGUGGUCGUGUCACAUUCGAGUUAACAACAGCAUUUCAACAGGUCAUUGGCGUCGACUAUACAGCACGGCGUCUUGUUCCUGCAUUCGCCAUUCGCGAGCGUGGCGACUGCCAGUACAGCGUCGAGAACUCUACCAACGGUGAGCGCACUGCUCGUUAUGUGAACAGCAAUAACUUCCCGUGGGGGCCAACCCGCGAGUGUGCUACGUUCUUCCAGGCCGACCCCACAAACCUGCAUACCCAUCUUUCCGACUUCUCGUUGGUGGUGUGCUGGAAUUGCCUGGAGCGCAGCUAUCACCCAAGUGCCAUUCCCGCACAUCUGCUCGGUCGUGUGGUAAAGGGUGGUUUGCUCGUGAUCGGUGGCGACUACCAAUGGGACAACAUCAAGAAGGACACUGGCACACAGGACAACACGUACUUGACAGAUUGCCUGGUUACGAGCAAGGGCAACCUUCAAGAAGAGAUCUUCCGCCUGCUAGGCGGCAGUGACGCGGUAGAGCAGGUGGGCGAGGUGGCUUCCAUCCCGGUGGCCUUCCCGACUGCGGAAGGCACGGCCGACAUCCGCGUCAUGAAGCUCGCAACGUACCGCAAGAAGUAG